AGUAAUACGGUUUCUUUUCUUAACAUUUUAGCCUCUGCUUUCUUACUUUGCUGGAGACAGGCAUGUUGGGGUCCCCAUUCGUGCAGACCAGGACUGCUGCCUCCAACUGUGGCCCUCUGUCUGGGCAGUCGAUUUGAUCCAUGUGGUCCGUCCUUAAGAUUCACGCCUCACAAGUGGCCUCAGCAUGUCAUCAUCAGCAAAAUCCCCAACGCUGGAAGAGACAGCAGCUGUCUGCGAAGAAGAGCCAAAAGGAAAACCUCUGCUCACUUGGGCCUCGCUUUUUGGUCACCGGAGUGAGAAAAUUGCCUUUACCAGAGGUGAUGGCAGCCCAGAGGAGAGCCUGCUCACCGUUACCAUCACAGAGACUACUGUCAUCGAGUCGGACCUGGGCGUGUGGAGUUCACGGGCUCUCAUCUACCUCACCCUCUGGUUCUUCUUUAGCUUCUGUACGCUGUUUCUCAACAAGUACAUCCUGUCCCUGUUGGAGGGAGAACCCAGCAUGUUAGGUGCUGUGCAGAUGUUGUCAACGACGUUAAUUGGAUGUGUUAAAAUAUUUGUUCCUUGCUGUUUAUAUCAACACAAACCCCGGCUCUCAUACCCACCCAACUUCAUCAUGACCAUGCUGUUUGUGGGCCUCAUGAGGUUUGCAACGGUGGUUUUGGGGCUGGUGAGCCUGAAGAACGUGGCGGUGUCCUUUGCCGAGACUGUGAAGAGCUCUGCUCCCAUUUUCACUGUGAUCAUGUCCCGGAUGAUUCUUGGGGAGUACACGGGGCUGCUGGUCAACCUGUCCCUUAUCCCAGUCAUGGGAGGACUAGCGCUGUGCACCGCCACUGAAAUCAGCUUCAAUGUCCUGGGCUUCUCAGCUGCGCUGUCCACCAACAUCAUGGAUUGUUUGCAGAAUGUUUUUUCGAAAAAACUUCUCAGUGGGGACAAAUACAGGUUCUCGGCCCCGGAGCUGCAGUUCUACACCAGCGCUGCUGCUGUGGCCUUGCUGAUCCCUGCCUGGACCUUCUUCAUGGAUGUUCCUGUGAUCGGUAGGAGCGGGAAGAGCUUCAGCUACAGCCAGGACAUCGUGCUGCUGCUGCUGAUGGAUGGCGCCUUGUUUCACCUUCAGAGUGUCACUGCGUACGCUCUCAUGGGGAAGAUCUCCCCAGUGACUUUCAGUGUUGCCAGCACCGUGAAGCACGCCUUGUCUAUCUGGCUCAGCAUCAUCGUUUUCGGCAACAAAAUCACCAGCCUGUCUGCUGUUGGCACCAUCCUUGUCACAGUGGGCGUCUUGCUCUACAACAAGGCCAGGCAGUAUCAGCAGGAGACCAUGCAGAGUCUGGUCACAGCCACUAGCCAAGGCCAGGAGGGUGACACAGAGCCGUUGGUUCCUCAGGACCCGAGGCAGCACCACUGAGCUCCUCCUGAUGCUGUUCGCUGGAUCCCAGCCUGGACUGUCUCCUGUGCUGUGUGCUGCCCCUCUCCUGCUCCCCACUGGACAUCAGAUGGGGAGUU